AUGUGCCUCGAUCAUGAAAGGUCUUCACUGCUACAGUUCAAGGAAAGGUUUACCAUUCAGAGAUUUGCUUCUCUUGAUGGUAAUGCUUAUCCAAAACUGAAUUCCUGGACAGCCAAAGACUGUUGCUUUUGGGAUGGUGUUGAGUGUGAUGAGCACACAGGCCAUGUCAUCAGCCUUGAUCUCAGGAGCAGCUUUCUCUAUGGCUCUCUUGACUAUAAUAGUAGCCUUUUCAACCUCGUUCACCUCCAGAUCCUUAAUCUCGCCGACAACCAUUUCAAUUAUUCGGCCAUACCUACUGCUAUCAAGCAGCUUUCUAUGCUCACUCUUCUCAACCUAGCUUCUUCUGUCUUCUCUGGCCACAUUCCAUCAGAAGUUUCAGAAUUAUCCAAGUUAUCCACUCUUGAUUUGUCCUACAACGUUCAUCGUGAUAAUUCUCGAGAAAAACUACUGAAACUCGAGCAAGGUGGUUUCGAGAGCCUUAUUUCAAACAUGACAAGCCUCAAAAUGCUUCAUCUGAGUUAUGUUGACAUAUCAUCAUCUGUGCCAGAUUCUUUGGCAAACUUUUCUUCCUUGGAGUCUCUGCUUCUAGAGCGCUGCGGAUUGAGAGGUGAUUUCCCUAUUCGUAUCUUUCAACUACCUCAUUUGCAACAUCUAAUUUUGGGACACAAUGAACAACUUACUGGAAACAUACCUUCAUCCAUUGAAAAACUUUCUUCUCUGAAUGCGUUGGAUGUUUCUGCUUGUAACUUUUCAGGAAUGAUUCCAACUUCCAUAGGUAAGCUGACCCAACUUACUUAUUUAGAUUUUACUGAAAAUUACUUGGUUGGAAAAAUCCCUUCUUCUUUAGGGAACCUAACCCAACUUACUUAUUUAGAUCUUUCUGAAAAUAACUUGGUUGGAAAAAUCCCUUCUUCUUUAGGGAACCUAACCCAACUCAUCCAGCUUUGGCUUUCCAACAAUCGCCUUAGCGGUCCAGUUCCCUUAUCAUUCUCUAAGCUCACAAGUCUUCUAGUCCUUACACUAAAGAAUAACAAUUUGACUGGAACUGUCAACUUUGACAUGUUUUUUGGCCUAAAAGCUCUUCGAGAACUUGAUUUAUCUGACAACAAACUAUCAGUGGUCAUCAAACACAGUAUAAAUGAUACAGUUCCACAAUUUAGGUAUCUAUCUCUGUCCAAUUGUAAUUUAAGAAAAUUCCCUGACUUCCUCCAGUAUCAAGAAAGAAUUGUUUUCUUGGAUCUUGUAGGUAACUAUAUCAGUGGUCAAAUACCAGAGUGGUUGUUUGACAAAAGCAAAGAAACACUUUACUUGUUACACCUUUCUGAGAACAACUUGUCAGGGAAAAUUCCACAUACAAUUUGCAAUCUUAGCUCCAUUGCAGACCUUAGGAUGUCCUAUAACAACUUAGAAGGAAACCUUCCCCAAUGUUUUGGUAACAUGAAAUCACUGUCUGUACUCACUCUAAAAAACAACUCCUUUUCUGGAAACCUGCCAAUAUUUUCAAAGGGAAACAAAUUGAAGCUUAUCGAUUUCAGUGAAAACCAAUUACAAGGGAAACUCCCACCAUCACUCACAAAUUGUAGAGAUCUUGGAUACCUUAACUUGGAAUAUAAUCAGCUCAAUGAUGUUUUUCCUUUUUGGUUGGGAAGUCUUCCAGAGUUGGAAGUUCUUAUGUUGAGGUCCAAUAGAUUCCAUGGAGUUAUUGGGGAGCCUAUACCAGACUAUGAAUUUCCCAAGUUGAGUAUUAUUGACAUGUCCUUCAAUAACUUUUCUGGAAAGUUACCAUCAAAAUACAUCCAAAGUUGGAAAGCAAUGAGAAAUUCCAUAUCAAGGAAUUUAACAUACAUGAAGACAAAAACCAUUUCAGUAAAUGGCUUUGUUGAUUUCAGAGUUACAACCAAGAUCAAAGGUGUGAACUUAUUCUAUGAGAAGAUCCCAGAUAUCAUUGCAAUCAUAAACCUCUCUGACAACAAAUUUGAUGGAGAAAUUCCUGAAGACAUUGGAGAUGUUGAGGCUCUCUUUGCUCUUGACUUGGCCAAUAAUAAUCUCAACGGUGGCAUACCAGCAUCAUUGGGGAAUCUGAGAAACCUUGAAUCCUUAGAUCUUUCUCAAAAUGAUCUGUCAGGAGAGAUCCCUCUGGAAUUGGCCAAACUCACUUUCUUGCAAUAUUUCAAUGUGUCUUACAACCACCUCACGGGGCCUAUACCACAAACAAACCAACUGAGCAGAUUUGAGAGCAGUAGUUAUGAGAACAACUUGGGAUUGUGUGGAAUUCCAUUGCCAAACAAGUGUGGAAACUCUGAAGCCUUUGAACCACCCCAUUCUUCAUUCGAAGAAGAGUCGAGUAGUUCAUCAUUUUUUCAAUUUGGUUGGAAAGUUGUGGUCGUAGGUUACGGGUUCGGCUUCGCAGUCGGAUUGUUCAUCGGAUAUAGAAUAGUAUGGUUGCCAUGA